AUAGUCUUGCAAACUGGUUCAGUCUCAAAUCCCAUUCUUGGUGAGCAGAUAUCUCAUCAACUUCAAUCAAAUAUGGCAUUCGACGACAAGUAUCACGACGAAAAGGCACCCCUCUCUCCUGAGGAAACCUCCGAAGAUGAGAGCCCCGUACUCAGCCGCCGCGCCAUCUCACGAAAACACGGCAGACAGGUACCGCUCUGGGCUUUCUUGACGUCGACGUGCGUCGCCCUCAUCCUCGCCGUGGGCUUCGCCUACACGACCCUGCGCCUCAAGAAUCACGUCCGGGGCUCGGACUACGACUUUGACGGCUACGUCUGCGCGCCCGAUGAGGCCGACCCGGAAGAGGCGCGGGCCCGCGGGUGCGUCUUUGACACGUUCACGAUGCAGUGGUACCCGAAGGAUCGCUACUCUAGGAAUGAGUCUGUCGAGCUCAUGAAGAAGUUCACGGACAUGGGUUGGCCACGCUACUUUGACAAGGAGGGCACCCGUCCCAUUACGGACUUGGAGCGGGCUCCCAAGAAGAUUCACAUCCUCAUGAAGGAACACCUCUGGCACUGCGGCUACUCCGUCAUGCAGACGCACCUGUGGAUCACCUUGGGGAUGGACCCUCCUGAAGCUUAUGAGCAUACGGAGCACUGUGUCAUGAGUCUUCUUGAUGUGAUUGAGAAGAAUCCUCCGCCCGGAUUCAACGAAAUCAAGUUUAACACCAGGACUUCUCUGGAGCCUUCUGAGUAUGGAAACGUCAAACCAUACUACCCUUGUGCCGAGAAAGGCUUUGCAUGCCGUUCUGAUGUUUGAUUGCUUCUGUAUGUGCUGAAACUGGACCUGGAGAUAGUUUUUGUGCAAAGUCGGGGGCAGGGAAAAGGGUUUGCAAAUGUCGUGCAUUGCUAGUAGUCGAGGAGAGACAGUCAAAUUAAAACUUCAUGGAAACUUCUCAAA